CACUGAUUGGCAUUGAUAGGUGGCACUGACUGGCACUGAUGGGUGACACUGAAAGGCAGCUCAGAUGGGCACUGAUAUGUGGCAUUGAUGUGCACUGGUAGGCAGUGAUUUGUGGCAUUGAUGUGGCACUGAUGGGCACUGGCACGAGGCACUGAUGAGCACUGACACAAGGCAGUGAUGGACGCUGACAGGUGGCCCUGCUGGGGCUACACUGAUCAUCAGGGCACACUGAUCAUCACUGUCAGCGUGACAGCUCAAGAGGAGAGAAAUGCCGAAAUGCAUCUUCAGUGUGGG